ACGUGACCUGUGCACCGGCGUGUUUCCCAUGUUGUAGACAGCUGUAGUUGUAUGUGGAGUUUUUUAAUGAAAUGUUGUCUUUUGAGGAGCUGAUAACAAGUCUGCAGGACUGUACCAUCCUCGACGAUCAAACACCCGAACAUGUUUGUCAAACUCUCAAGUUACUCUGUGAGAAACUGUCUGAAGCCUCCAGGUUUGUACCUUCAACCCCAAACAUGUCAUGUUUAUACUCAGUUUGUUAAACUCUGUAUAUGCAGUAAUGGAAUAUGAUGAUGAUUCUGCCGGUAUGAACAGAAACAGCGUUAAAAGAUGUAAAGAGCGGAGUUUAGAGGAGGCGCUUCAGCUGCUGGGACACAUUUCAGAGGAGCAGCUUCACUCUCUGGAGGAACAUCAGCUCCUGCUUCUGGUCAGACUUCUGCUCUCUCUGCAGCUGAAGAUGGUCAAUAUCUCCACAGCCUGUCGUAAAGUGGACCAGGUCAGCUUUAACAGUCUAUCUGUUCACUGUACAGAGAUUAAAACAAAUGAGAACUCCUAAUAAAACUGACAUGUUUGGUUGGCAGAUGCUGCAGCAGUUGGUAAAGGUGAAGCACAGUUUGGUCUAUGAAGAAACUCAGCUCUGUUUAAACAGCAUCAUCCAUCCUGAGCAGGUAAAGACAUCUCACUCAGCUGUAGGGUUGCAAAAUUUUCAAAGUUGGAAACUUUACAUGGGAAUAAAUCUGCAUGCACUGUUCAUCCCUCUAUCACAUGCACAGAUGAUGGUUUUCUGUAACCAUACAAUAAUUUAUACAUUAAUCGUCAAAUAUUUUAAAGACCAUUCCAGUUGUAUUGCCAAAUAUAUUUCUGUUCAUGGCAUUGCAUAAGUGUUUUUACAACCUCUUUUUUUAUUUUAUUCAACAGAAAAAUGCCACGUUCGCCAUCUGAUGUGUGGAAACAUUUCACACAGGCUAAUGUCUGCUUAUGAAAAACAAAAAUAAUUAUAUUUAUGUUUGGAUAUGAUGCAAUUUGUUUAAAUUACCCCUAAUUUCCAGUUAAUUCCCAUAAAUUUCCAUAAAAUUCCCAUAUUAGAAAGUUUCCAAUAUGGACUAUUUCCAGAAUUCCCCAGCUUAACUUCCCAUAGAAGUUUCUGGAAUUUAACCAGAAAUUUUGCAACCCUACUCAGCUGACCGUAGGUUUUUUCAUAGUCAUGCCUCAGUAACUCUUACUGUGUCUUUUUUCAGAUGUUGUGUAUUGAAGAUCUACAGAGAGGUUGGUACCUGCUGAAGUUAAUAUCUUGAUUUACUCAUCAGCAGUUUUCUAACAUUUUUCCCACCUUGUUCAGCCUGUAUGUUUCUCGAGGACAGCACUAUUGGUCGUGAAGUGUGGACAGAGUCUCACAUCCCCUUCCUGAAUAAAGUGUCAGAGCUGUUUGGGGUUGUGCUGCAACAAAAAUCCCACAGAGAUGGACCGCUCUGUUACAUCGCUGUCAAGGUACAUGAUAAGCUGCGUGUUACUGAUCCAGUUAUACGCAUUCAUUAUAGCAGUGUAGUGUGAUCCAUUCAUCUGUCUCUGCAGGUCUGUUUGCAGAUCUUUCAGCUGUUACCUGGUGAAGUUGCUCCUCUGGUGUGGAAGAAGGAGCGAGUUUGCCCAGCUGUGCAGAACAUCCUGAAGGCUCUUAUGGACAUAAUACUUGGAGAGGUUGUUCCAUCCUCUAAUUCAGAAAAUAGGUCGUUUUGUUUCCUGUAUUUUGUUUAAUCAGUUGUGUGUUUUGUCUUGCAGUGCACCAAUAGGGACACACGUCUUUUAGCUGGCACUGCUGUGGCCAUGCUUAUUAACUCAGCACCAGAGAGCAGAGCAGGAGCGGCGGCUGCCUGGAGUCUGCUACAAGUCUCAAACUUGGGUAGGUAAGCAGAAACACUGCAGGACAGUAAGCAUGUGCAAAUGUAAAAUUUCAAAUCCUAGAUCAUAAAUUUCGAUCAUACAUUCUCUCUAUACUUCAGUUUUUACUUCCUUUCUCUCAGAGCACUGGCUGCUGACCGUUGGAGCUCUGCAGGUUCAGUGCAGACCUGCAGGGAUGGAUGGAGUGAGCAGGCUGGUUGUCUGCAGGGGCCUCCUGACCUGCUGUCGACCUCAAAUCCUGCUCAGCUCACACGAGGAAGCCACAGAAGUAAAUCUGUUUAAAGUACAUGAAUCACAAUUAUGUUCUCCUCUUUCAGGGCGCGCUCUUUUCAUAGAUUUUUUUUCUUUUCAGAUGUUUUUACUGCAGAAAGGUUUGUUCCCUAUUGUCUACACUCUGUGUGAGGAGAAGCUGGAUUGCCACUACUUUGCCUUUGAAGGUGAGUGAUCUCCAUGUGGUUCACUCCUGAGCUUAAAGUUUAAUAUCUACUGCUCAAACAUGAAAUGUCGUUGCAGUUUUGACUCUGUGGCUGAAGAAAGUGAAAGAAUGUCUGGCUGAUAUCUGGGAGAUGAUCAGUGCUCCACUUCUACCUGACGACAGCAGCCUGCUGCAAGAGCUGAUUCACAUCAUCUGGACAAAUGCAGAGAGCCCGGUGAGUCGAAGUAACAUCACUGUAUCAUUAAAUUGAAAUAAAUAAACUUGCAAACAUUAAUUUUCCUGUGUGGUAACAGGUGGAGGGCGUGUCAGAGUUUGUGCGUGCUGCUUUUGGCCUUCUGUUGGACCUGUAUGAGAUGGACUGUGAGCACUUCUCUAACACAAAGAAGACACUUUACUCAACUCUUCUCGGCAGGAUUAUUAAACUACCAUGGGACGCCAAAGCCAGAUAUCAUCAUCUAUGUGCUCUGCUGCCAUAUGUGGGGACCGACAAGGUAAGGGUCAAAGGUUAGACAGUGAAAACAGGAAAUGAAACCCUAAAAAUAACCUUUAUUGAUGCUUUAAAGGGAUAUUCCAGUGUAAAAUUAAUUUAGGGUCAAACACACCAUAACACCGAGUAAGACACCCUCUCGAGAGAUGAAUGAUCAUAAAUGUUCUUCCUUGAGCUGCGUCACCCCGCUGCAGUCCGUAAUGGACUGGCCUGAGGUCUCGCUACAAACAAGCGGCUGCUGGAAGAGAGUAGGUGAGUUGUGUUUAGUCUCUUUGCUAAAGAAAUUAGUCAAAGCUAAAAAGAUGUUUGGUGGCUAGUACUAUGGCUGGGACCCUAUAUGUACUGUUGAUGAAGUUAGGUGCUGUUCUGAGCAUUAUUUGUGGCGUUUUGGUUGAGGUGUGUGCGUGGAUCCAUAGACCGCUGUGUAUUGCUAUCAUGUGGUCGUUACCAAAGUUGGUAUAACUAGAGAAGCAAGCGGUCGGCAACAUUCAUCUCUCGACGGUGUGUCUAACUUGGUGUUACGAUGUGUUUGACCCUAAAUUAAUUUUACGCCGGAAUAUUCCUUUAAUCCGUGUGGCCGGUGUGAUGACUUCUGUACAUGUUUCCUUUAUCGAUCAGGUUCUGGAUCAACAUGCAGAAAUACCCAAUCAUAUCCUGAAGUGCCUGGCGACCAAUCACCUGUCACCGUGUGGCUCAGAGCUGUACAGGUGUCUGAUCCAGCAGCAGAGACGAGAACUGUCUAACAGCUCACACACAGAGCUGGAUCUGGCCGGUCAGUGGGCACGGCGCUGGCGGUCUGUCAUUCACGAGGCUCUGACAUCUGAUGUGACUCUUCUCCAGAACAACAGCGCAACAUACUUAUUACCCUGCAGCUUCCAGGUCUUCCCCUCUGCUGUAGAUCCUCUCUUGACCUCCCUAGAUCCACUCGACCCCGGUCACCUCCAUGCCUGGGCCUGCAUCCUCAGUUCCUACAGAGCGGUGACAGGAGGCUCACCCUGGGCUCUGCAGGGGAGCUCAACCUUGGAGAUCCUCCAGUUAGCGCUCGAAUCUGCAGAUGACAAAAUCCGCCUCGCUGCUCUCAACCUCAUCUGCUGCAGCCCCAAGACUAAAGACGCUCCAACUCCAGAAGAAAUGUCGAUAAUGAGGAAGUUUAUCCCUCAGAACCUUAACUGUGAGUCUUCACCCUUCCGCCAACAUUUUCAGGCUGGAGUAAAGAAGUUUCUGGUUCGUAUCAGAGAUAGCUGUCUGUCACACGUCAAAGGACAGAAGAACAACAAAAAGAAAGAUACCAGAGACUCAGCAGAGGCGCUGGACGCUCUGAAGCAGGGAAUAGGUGAGGCUCAGUUCUUCUUUAGUACAGUUUUCUGUUAUUUUGUCUGUAACCUGCUCAUUCACUCCCUUCUGUGUGUCUUUCAGGGUUUGUGGAAUGGUUGGGUCAACUCCCGUACAGCUGUCUGGCACCAGGGCACAGCUAUCAGAGGAAGAAGACUGCGUUGCUGCUGUUGUCUGUGGUGCUGGAGACCUGCACAGACAGCUGGAGCCCAGACAGGAAGAAAGGACAACCUCCAGGUCAGACUGAAAACCCUUGAACACUACUUUUGUCUUAUUCUUCUUCUCAAAUGAUGACUCUUCUUCUUUUGUUUUAUAUCACUCAGCCAACAUCGGAUCGCUCAUUGGCUACGCCAGACAGACAGGACAGUGGGACUUUGUCAGCAGGACAAAACAGCUGGUCCUCAUCAGCUGUUUGGAAGAUUCGACAAAUGAGGUUGGGCUGACGUGAUCGGUGGAUGUAAUUUAAGCCUGAGUUUGAUUUUGAUGAUGCAAAAGAAGAAGAUAGCGAUCUUUUCUUUUGCAGAUUCGGGAACUUUCAGCCGGGUUAUUGCUGAGGUUCUUCCCUCCCAGACUUCCCGAUGACGUUGCCGCCGUGUUGCUCGCCAGGACUAAACAGCUUCUGUGCAGCCCUCGGGUGCAGGAGGCUCAAAUGGGAGCGCUGAUGAUGAAAGUUGUUCUCUUCAAGUAAGUCUUCUCCCCUGAGUAUCAUCGUUCGGAUUUAUAACUUCUGUAGAUAAAACAGAUAACUUCUUGCUUUAACUGUAGAUCAAAAGGAACACCUGAGGAUCCCGCCAAGACUUCCUGUUUGGUUGAAUUCCUGGUGACAGAGCUGGAGGAACAUUAUCUGACGGCCAAAGCUGACAUGAUGCUCGCUGCUAGAACCAAGACAAUCCAUGGUGACACUUUAAGACGCUUCUGACAUCCACAGUGAUUGAUGGUUCAUCUUAAAAAACGUUGUUCAGUCCAAUGAAUCCUGUCGUUUAGGUGUUUUGAGCGCCCUCCAGAGGUGUUUGCUUGAGGCGUCCAGCUGUGUUUACGACACACUCGGCCACAGUCUGACCAUGAAGCUGCUGAACCUGAUGGAGAAGACCUCCCUGCUCCUGCUGGGAGUUCUCUAUGGAGAUCUGGACACUUGUGCCAGUGAAAAGGGUAGAUACCAAACUAAAUUUGGGACAUGGUAUGUAACAUUUCAGACAAAUCCCUCUGUGAUUGGCCCUCCUCUGUUGUAGAUGCCCCGCCUUCUUUCUGUGAUAUGGGAAAUGCCAUCAGCUCACUCAUAGCCCAGGCAUCAGGAGGAGGCCAAGCAGAUGGAGAGGAAGUUGUCCUGCUGUCUGAAGAGCACAGCCUCAUUCUCACCUGCUGCUGGGUCUCACUCAAGGUAAAAAAAACAAAACAAAAACAAAUAUAGCUGUGAGCAUUAUUAGCAUGGCUCUGCUUCUUCUAUGUUUUCUUUUUGUUUGUUUGUUUUUAUCAGGAAAUAGGAAUCUUUUUAGGUUCUUUGGUGGAGAAGCUUUUAUCUGGAUCCAAACCGAACCAGCGUCCUCUAACAAAAGAGGAGCUAAUGAGAGCGUCUGAAGUCUUUAAGAAUAUUCUCCUCAAAUGUCGUCACUGGGUAAGAUUUAGCGAUCUGUGUGGAGGCUGUCAGUCUGAAUGAUCUCUAAUUCCUUAAUUCUUCUCUCUCAAAAAAAAUGCUUCUUGCCACCAGGGGGCAGUAGAGGGAUGCUGUGUGGGCUUCACCAGGUUCUGUACCUCUCUGCUGUGCAGUGGUGAUGAAGAACUGAGGGAUAUCCCAGCUCACAUGCUGAAACAAGUGAGUGUUGACUCAUGUAUUCGUAAACAGAGAUGCUGGACUCGUUCACAGAUGAAUGUCCUCUCUGGUAUCUGUCCAGGGUUUGCAGGUUUUGCAGUCCCCUUGCUCGACAUCUGUGACCCGGCGAGCUGCAGGGCUGCCCAUGCUCAUCCUCUGUGUUUUGACUGCAGAGGAAGCGAGUAAAUCCAGACCUCUGUUAGCCUACAGUAUGCGAACCUUACUGGAAACAGCAAAAACUCCAGUGCCUGAGAACUGGGACCAAACAGUGGACCUGCCACAGGUUUGUAAUAAAGAAACAAAGAUUGUUCUUCAUACCAGUGAAAGCCGAUGUGUUGAUAUGAUGGUUCCUCUCCUCACAGGUGUGUGCGGUCCACACUCUGCAGGCUCUGGUCAGGAGUUCAGGUCUGGGAGCCGCCAUCCUUCAGUACGCUCAAUCCGUAGCUAUCCUGUCUCUGACUUUGCUGAGCUCUCCAUGCUGGGCCAUGAGGAACGCAGCUUUGCAGCUUUACAGUAAGACACUGACACAGUUACAGGCUCUAAUAAGAAGGACUGCACUAGGUCAAAAGUGACAAGUAGACAACUUUUUAACUCAAAGUUUCUUCAUCUUUUAAUUUUUGUAUCUAUACUAUGCUGCUGUAAUUUUGGAAUUUCCCACUGUGGGGCUAUUAAAAGAACAUCUUAUCUUAUCUUAAGUAGCUAUUAGAAAGUGCAAGUUUUAUUGUUAUUAUUAUUGACACAGUUAUUUAAAUCAUUAAAUAAGUUACAAUGUGGAGUUAUAAUAAUUCCCUUUCCUGAUCCAUGAUCCUGUUCUCAGGUUCUCUGUGCUCCCGGAUGCUUGGUCGGCGACCCACCAGUGAAGAGGGGGUGUCUGCCCAGCACGGCAUGUCCCCCCUCGCCUUCUUCAUCCACUACCCUGAGCUCCAGACGUUCCUCCUGGGCGAGCUGAAGGGGGCAGCACAAGACCUCCAGGGUCCAUCUAAUGAGGCCAGACUGCACCUCCAACCUUCACUGUACCCUGUCCUCACUCUGUUGGCGCAGCUGCAGCCUGGUGUCCAAGACUCAACACAGUAACUUCAACUAUCUCAUAUUCAAUCGCUUAACAAAUUCAGCUGGAACACACAAGAAUAGUUAUUGUUAAUGUUAUUUUUGUAAGAUUAUUUUGCAUAAAUUCAAAGUGAAAUAUAAGUUAAAAAUACAUCAGCCUUUAGGUACUGGAGAGUGGAUUUUGCUACCUUUGGCAGAGCUCUCUGUUUAUCCCAGUUUCAUGUCUUUUUCUGCUGGCAGAAGCUUCUAUUUAGUAAAGAGACUUAAGAGUGGCAAUAAUCUUCUUAUAUAACUCUGCUAAAGGCUAAAUAAUCCAGUAUUUUUCUGCGUUUUUGCAAAACAUUCAUGAAUAGUUAAGAUUUGUCCAUUUCUGUUGCUCUCAGCUGCAGUAGUUUGACCGAGUGAUUGUCGUCGCUGUUUUGUUUUUGUUUUUUUUCCCCCCAUGCCAGAACUCUGUCAGACUUCCUGCCGCCUUUACUCCAGCUGUCAGCCAGUCCCAUUUACAGCGUCAGAGUGAUGGCUUCAAAGGCUUUGGUUGCCAUGACCCCUCCUUCAGAGUACAUGAACAUCCUGGACAAACUGACCACUCAGCUGCCAGGUCCACAAGAGCGCUGCAGUCACAACCGUCUCCAUGGACAGCUGCUGCAGAUCAAAGCUGUGGUAGAGCGAGCUCUCAGCGAACACAGGUGAGACUAGAAAGAAGGUUUUUUUGUUCAUUCAUCUGACGCUGUGAGCUUUUAUCAUCCUGCUGUGUUUCUGUUCUAGUGUUGCCCCCUCAGCCGACCUGGGUGAGGUGUUGAGGAGGGUGGAUGCUUCUCUGUGGUUGGUGACUGGAGCUCAGCGCUGCCCUCUAGUGAGAGCAGCCUACCUGGGAGUGGCAGACUCUCUGAGGGGGUUCUGCUCAGAGACCUUCCUGUCAAAAAUCAGCGAGACUCUCAUCUGUGACCUCCAGAAACCUCAGCAGCAGCUGCAUGUAUGUGAAUAAAGGACACUUUAUUUUUCUGUUAUUUCUAGAAUAGAUAAGAUGAAGGCAAGAUAGGGCAAUUUUCAUGCAAUCUAGGAUGCUGAAUCAGAUCAGGGAUAUUGCAUUAACUCUAUAUGUAUGUGAAACUUUUUAUCGUAAAGCAGCUCUUAAUAAGGGAUCUUGAUCCAAAGUUAAACGUUAGCUGCAUUUACAUGAGCACAAAUAAUCGGCCCAAAUAAAUUCCUGAUCGGAAUAAAAAUGCGUCAUGUAAACAUGCCGAUCUGAAGAUUCUGAUCCAAUUCGGCUCAAUCGGAAAGAAAUCGUAUUCCGAUUAAGAGGGGUGGUUUAUGCCGAUGAUUAUUCUGAAACGCGUCCAUGUAAACACUUAUUCCGAUUGUAACUCUCUAACCUGACUCGGUCGUCACUCUUUAGCCUUUGGCUUAUUUAUUAAGGUCCCGCCCUCCUUCGUCUCUGAUUGGCUAGAAGAACUGGGCUCCGAUCGGUUAUUCCUAAUGACUGUAAAACGUCAUCGUCUGUCGGGUUAGGUUAAGGGUCAGGGUUAGGGUUAGGACAGAGCCGACAGCCCGCGUUUGCCUUGAGUGUGUGAUGACGUUUCCAACUUUUCUAGCCAAUCAGAGGUGAAGGAGGCGGGACUUUUUCCUACCAUCCUACAAAAAACAAAACAAAACAAAACAAACAAAAAAAAAUAUAUAUAUAUAUAUAUAUCGCCAACCACAGGUACCGUGUCAUAACAAGGCGUACAUACAGCGUAAUGAUGUCACAUCUGUACGCAAAGUGCAAUCUUUGACAGAACAGUAAAAUAAGUACACAAGGGCGCCAUCUAGUGACAACAUUUAACAGAGGGAAAACUCCUGAAUUGGAUGGAGUGAGCCACUACAGCGUUUGUUGACAGCACAGACGUAAACACAACUCUUCUUCUGCGUUCGCUUUAGCAAAAUUAAACAACUCUGCGCACGUAUAAAUGCUAAUAAUCUGAAUAAAGCUUAGUGCAUAUAUACACACAUCAUGAUCGGAUUAUUUGAUUUUGCACCCAUAUAAACUGUCGAUUUAGAUUUUACGAUCCCUCAAAUUUUUAAUCGGGUCAAGAAAUUUUGCUCAUGUAAACGUGGUUAGUGUGUACUCAAAAGGGAAAAGGCAUCACCUGAAGAGCAAACACAGCUCAGGGGAAACCAAAGCUGCUCCUCCUUUGGUAAAAACACCACCCUCCAUGUUAUCAGUCUGAUCAGGAGGCUGCUGUUAAAUCUGAGACACCAGGGCUUCAUGAUUUCUCAUUUGCCAAGCAUGUUUUGUUCUUCUCAUGCUCUCUUGUCCUCUCCACACACAGGUCGGUUUGUCAACCUUUCACCAUCAAGCCGUCCACUUCCUGUGUGCACAUCCGAAGUGGGCAUGUGAAAUCUGGGCUGUCUUCCCCUCACUGAGCCCUGAUCUGAAGCUCUCAUUGGUGACGUGGUGUGUGGUGGAUGGCUGUUUGGAGCACAAGGAGGUGAUCCACAGGGUGUUACAGGUGAGACGUGGGCGUCUCUCUCCAGACUUAAGAGCAAAGAAAACAAACCCUCUCUAAAAAAAACCUGUCCGACAUGUUCCAGCGUAACGACCUGCUUAGAGCACAAUGAGAGGAAACCGAGGAAGCAGAGAUUCAGGCUUCAACAUAAUUCAAUCUGAGUUUGAGAUCUGUGUGGAAAUCUUUUAAGCUGCUGUGAUAUAACAGAGGGAGGGUCUGUAAGCGAUCAUAUUCUGCAUUAAAGGAGAGUUCAGUUCAGUCAAGCCGUUAGUUUAUUACCUGCUGUUCAUGAAGGUCAUUUAGAUAAGCUUUAGUGCAUUACCUCAUGUAGAUAAGUUUUUGAUUGUCUCUAUAAAAAGGCUCGAUAAGAAGUCAUAAGAAAGAGUCAGACUACUGUUUAUGUGGUGAGAUCAGUUAUUUCACCACAUGUCUUGACUUUUAUUAGUUUGAAAGUUAUUUAUGUGUGAUUCAUCCACUCAAGCUGUUCGUCCGUUAAUUGAUUACAAAUGAGUCUCAGUUGGGGUUUACCUGUCUGUUAUCUAAAAGCGCAUUGAGGAUCUAAUAAGCCAAUUAAAGGACUCUACUUAUCCUCUUUAUUCAAAGGCCAACCUGAAGGAGGCGUUGUUGAGCCAGAAUGUGGAGUACCGCAGGACCUACCUCACCGCCCUGGUGGCAGUGACGGCUGGAGGGGAUUCUACGUCGACGUCACCCCAACAUCUGUCCCAGCCCCUCCUGCAGGACUGUCUGGAUUUGUUGCUCAGUGAUCUGGAGGACCAGGAUGGGGGACCGGAGUUUCUGUCCCAGGCCUUGUGUGCUGCUAGUCUGCUGCUUUUCCAACUCUCAGACUCUCGGUUAGAAAUGGUUUGUUUUCAUUUUUAACAUCAUUUGGACACAUCGAGCUGCAGCUCUGAUGUUUUCUUCUCUGUGUGCUCCUCAGUUUGAAGAUAACCACGCUCCAGCGCUGGUGUGGUGUCCUUGAAAUCCAACGGUCCCCAGACGCUCCUGAGGUACUCAGGUUAGCGUGCGCUGAAGCUCUGUGUGAGACUGCGCCUUUACUAAUGAGAGACCACAGCAACCUGCCAGCCAUCAUGAUCAGGUAUGAAGAGAGUCUAAUACAGAGGAUACUCUUUAAAGGGAUAUUCCGGUGUAAUAUUAAUUUAGGGUCAAACACACAGUAACACCGAGUUAGACACCCCCUGAGAGAUGAAUGUUGACGAGUACUUGCUUCUCUAGUUAUACCAACUUUAGUAACGACCGCAGGAUAGCAAUACAGAGCGGUCUGAGGAGCCAUAAACAAACCUCAACCAAAACGCCACUCUAUAGACACAAAUAAUGCUCAAAACAGCACCUAACUUCAUCAACAGGACAUAUAGGGUCCCAGCCAUGGUACUAGCCACCAAACAUCUUUUUAGCUUUGCCUAAUUUCUGUAGUAAAGAGACUAAACACAACUCACCUACUCUCUUCCAGCAGCCGCUUGUUUGUAGCAAGACCUCAGGCCAGUCCAUGAAGGACUACAGCGGGGUGACGCAGCCCAAAGAAGAACAUUUAUGAUCAUUUCUUUAUCAUUUCCUUGAAGUAAUAAUCAUCAUAUUAAUCAUUUUGCACUGCAGACGUGGUAGUUCUUCUGCCUUAGCGUCUCGGUCUGAUUGUAUAUCCAAUAAAGAAAUGAUCAUAAAUGUUCAUCCUUGAGCUGUGUCACCCAGCUCUGUAUUGCUAUCCUGCGGUCGUUACUUAAGUUGGUAUAACUAGAGAAGCAAGCGGUCAGCAACAUUCAUCUCUCUCGGGGGGUUGUCUAACUCGGUGUUACUGUGUGUUUGACCCUAAAUUAAUAUUACACCGGAAUAUCCCUUUAAUGAGCAGAAAUGAAAAUGUUGGUUCUCUCUGCUUCAGGCUGAUCAACACGGGCCUGGUCUUGCUGCAGGACCAAAGCCAGCAGGUGAGGAUGAAAGCGGCUUGCUUUGCCUCCAAACUGCACCAUGUGAAAAGAGGAGAAUUCCAGAGGAGCGCCUACAUCAUGCAGGUGAACCAGGCUCUGCUUCUCCUUCUGGACCUGCUGCUUGAGGAGUUCUGGGACACCCCCGGCACACUGGAGGUGCUGCUGUUCCACCUGCCUCAGUCUGACCUCAGAUCUGUGACGAAGGAGGCCUCAGCGACGGCGUAUGUCCCCUUCAAUUUGAACAAAUAAAACAGCCUGGAUUGAGUUUUGCCUGACUGUAACUGUUGUUCCCGGAUUCAGGUGUUCCAGUUUGUACGAGCAGGAUGAGGCUAAUGUGUUUGCAGAGCCCUCUGUCAUGUCUGCACAUGUGCUCCCGUACCUGCUGCAGACGGCUGAAAAACACUCAAAAUCCUCGGCUCUGGCUCAAAGCUUGAAUUCAUGGGUAGGAGAUAAUGCUGCACAGGUGCUAGACGGCCUUUCUGUCUGCAAUGAGAUCCAGCCAGGUAAAAACAUGAGCCCGUCACUCCUAGAAUAAGAAUCGCAUGUUGAUGUCUUCAUCUGCGGUGCAACAAUGCUCUUCUUUGUUUCCUCUUUAGCUGAGACUCUGACCCCUGACUGGCUGGCUCUCCUCAGAGACCCUCAUUUCUACAACACCCUGUGCGGCCUGUUCACCAAAGCUGCCUUCCUCCUUCAGCUGUUGAAAACAUCAGACGACGUGCCACACCUUUGUGACUCUUCAUCUCUGCAAAGGAGCUUACAAGAAGUUUGCAGCCUUCUGGGUCAGAACGGUGUCCACUUUCCGACGGCUUUAACAGACGCUGUUGCUGGAGAGCUGCCGCGGUGAUUGCCAGCCUGAUAAAAUUACCUCUGGGUAUUUGAAGAAUGCCUGAGAGAUCAUCAAGCGCAGUCUUAUUCUUGAAUGAGCGUCUCAGCUGCUGAUGCUGCAGUACACCAGUGCUUGGCAGGCUAUGUAAGAGGUUAUGUAAGAGCUGAGGGGUUGCAGUCAGAUGUAUCAUCACGUUACCUAUACAGAGGAGAUACCCACUGGUGGAGAGCGCAGUGCAGCAGAGCAGUUGGUUCUCAUGAGCUGCAGAGGAUUUUCUUAUCAAUGCGUUCCUUUUAUUCAAAGUUUAACAAAAAACUUUGAUCAUUUUAUGAAUCAGUCUUUUAAAAACAGAGCUUUAGUCCUCCACAAGUCGCCCAGAUCUUCAUUUCCAAAAGCACUAUAUCUCUCCUCACUCUCAGCUCUGUUGUUUAUUAUGUCGCGGUGAUAACAGUGGCACAGUUCCGACUAAUAACACUGAUGUAAUCCAACAGUAUCAGGAGAUCCGGCUGCUUCGUGGCCAGCGGGGGAAUAUUGUGUAUGUUUUAAGGCUCCAUUAGAGGCGGUCUAACUCGGUAAGGAUCCAUUUUCCGAACCACAUGUGGGAUGAAGAUGAUGACUGAUGGGGAGCUGAUGGUUGCUCCGCAACAGAGUGCUCACUACAGAGUCUUACAUCAUCAGAUAGCUCUCUGCUUUUGUUUGAGAUGGGCGUCUCUCAGUGUCGGACAAACAGAUCAUAUAAAAAGUUUUAUUCAUGCGGUAGUUUGCCGUGUUAGGCUAUUAAUUAAAUGUGCAUGAAACGCUCUAUUGUUGUGCCUACUAAAUGUUUCCACAGUCUCGAGGAUAUGUUUAGAAUAAGGUGACUAAUUGAUCAUCAUAAUAGUGUAAACUAGCAGAGUCACAGUUUUUAAAAUGCUCAUUAAAUAAGCAUUAAGGGUUAGGCCCUCUAUUUCUGCCAUCUUUACCAUUUUCUUUGCAUGAAGCGUCUCAGCUGUUUUAAAUCUAGAUGGUGCAGCAGCUAUGAUAUCAAACUUAAGUUCAUGAUUUACAUUUAAAACUUAGAGGAAGUGAAUUGUGAAUGUGAAGAUUAACACCUUCUAUUAAAUGAACACACCCAAAAGACAGUCAUAGUUAAUAUUUCUUAUACUGUGGCUCCAUCAGCAUCAGAACAAACUAAGUAUAAAGACAUUUUUUAAAAUAAACUUGUCAUUAACUUUUUUUUGCACAAAUCCUGAACCAUUUCAAGUCUGCUUAAAACAUAAAACCUUACCUCAAAGCUUCAUAGUGGAGACUCUUUAAGACACAAAGAGGUUUUAAUUUUGCUCCUCUUCAAACUGGAGGAAAGGGAAACGUGUCUCAAGGCCGCCCAGAACUUAUCGGUUUGCCUGAAAACAUAGGAAAGUUUUUAAAGUGAGGACAAAGACUUGAUUAUGUUUAUUCUGAUUCUGCUGGAACAGAAAGUGCAAGUUGUGUCUUCUGCCUCGACCUUGAGAACAAUGCUGGCAGAUUGUCUACAAAGUCAAGGUUAGGCGUUUCCUGCGGGCUAAGAGUUUCUAAAACCUGAAAAUGACCAUCUGCUAUUGUUACUGAGAGAGCUGAGUCUCUGUGCUCAGUCUCUCUCUCUCUCUCUCUCUCUAAGCCUGCAUCCUGCUAAUAAAAGGAUUAACUAUGGCAACAGGGAAUAAGGCCAAGUAGGUACAAACACACUUUUACUUUCACAGUGAGUGUGAACAAGCCGAGUGUGUGUACCAUCUGGAGCACUAAAGAGAGUUUGCAAGUCCCAAGGAUGUCCUACCUCUUUGGAAUAAAAUUGACUGAAGUCACAUGAUUUUUUUAAAAUGUAUUUUUAUAAAUGAAAUGCCUUCAGAAAAUUAAGGUUUUAUUAGCUCAAUUGUGUUUCAGUUGUUUAAAAUAAAGCGGUGAAUUAAAAGAGAAUAAAUACAUAUAAAUGAACUUGUACAUGUGUUUUCCAUCUCUUUUCUUAUAAGUGCUUCUCAGUGAAAAUGCACCGAUUGUUAAUAUCAUCAUAAUGUGCGGUUAAUAGUUGCAUUUUAAUGUAUGAAUUAUUAAAAGCUUUGUCAGAUUUUAGCAGUUUUCUCCUCUGGAAAAUAAAUUCAAACAGCUUUAGAAAAUCGUUGCGGUUAACUAAUA